UAUCUACCUUAGGGAAGAACCUCAGAGAGAGGGAGGGAAGAAGAGGACGGGUAGGAGCGUGUGUGCAUGUGUGUAAGAGACACUUAUUCUCUUAACUACUAGGAGACAGACACACUUUCCUGGCCUGACUCAAAGAAGGGGGGAAAACAGGAGAUUUUUUUUUUUCAAUAUCAUUUUCGUUUUCCCCUCAUUCAACAAUCAAGCUGCCCUAAAGCUUCCUGGAAACCUCUUCUUCAGUGCCUACUGGAAGUUCUAUGUAUUGAUCCAUUUACCCUCUCACACACCACAAGGCUUACCUCAUGGAUUUGUAUCUGAUUGGAUAUUUGAUGUGUGUGUGGUUGUCCAGCUCACGGGUGCUUGGAGGCUAUCCCAUCUGGUGGUCCCUGGCCCUAGGGCAGCAGUACUCGUCUCUGGGCUCCCAACCCAUCCUGUGUGGCUCUAUCCCUGGCCUCGUGCCCAAGCAGCUGCGUUUCUGUCGCAACUACAUUGAGAUUAUGCCCAGUGUCGCUGAGGGCGUCAAGCUGGGGAUCCAGGAAUGCCAGCACCAGUUCAGGGGCCGCCGAUGGAACUGCACCACCAUCAAGGACAACCUGGCGAUCUUUGGCCCUGUGCUAGACAAAGCAACCAGAGAGUCAGCAUUCGUCCACGCCAUAGCUUCGGCAGGCGUUGCGUUUGCAGUGACACGCUCCUGCGCUGAGGGCACAUCCACCAUGUGCGGCUGCGACUCCCACCACAAGGGACCUCCAGGAGAAGGCUGGAAGUGGGGCGGCUGCAGCGAGGACGCAGAGUUUGGGGUGCUGGUGUCCAGGGAGUUCGCAGACGCCAGAGAGAACCGUCCGGACGCUCGCUCGGCAAUGAACCGGCACAACAACGAAGCAGGACGCACGACCAUCCUCGACCACAUGCACCUCCGCUGCAAAUGCCACGGCCUCUCCGGGAGCUGCGAGGUGAAGACGUGCUGGUGGGCGCAGCCGGACUUCCGCAUGCUCGGCGACUACCUGAAGGACAAGUACGACAGCGCCUCGGAGAUGGUGGUGGAGAAGCACCGCGAGUCCCGCGGCUGGGUGGAGACCCUGCGGGUCAAGUACGCCUUCUUCAAGCACCCGACCGAGCGCGACCUGGUCUACUACGAGGGCUCGCCCAACUUCUGCGAGCCCAACCCGGAGACGGGCUCCUUCGGGACGCGCGACCGCGUCUGCAACGUGUCGUCGCACGGCAUCGAGGGCUGCGACCUGCUCUGCUGCGGGCGCGGCCACAACACUCGGACUGAGAAGCGGAAGGAGAAGUGCCACUGCAUCUUCCACUGGUGCUGCUACGUCAGCUGCCAGGAGUGCGUGCGCGUCUACGACGUGCACACGUGCAAGUGAGGGGCCUGCGCUUUCAGACUGCUGGACCUUUAACCCCCCACCUCCUGCACGACUUCCCCGCUUCCCCAGACUCAAAAACAUAUGCACGCACAGGCCCUAAUGGCUAAAGGCACAUCAGUAAUGGACACCUUCUACACCUUCUUUUUGUACAAAUCCUGCACUAGAACCCAUCUUCCACCCACUCACAUAAUAUCUGCGCAGAGUGCGCCCUGUGUCGACCUGACUGACAGGUCGGUCCACUCUUACGGGAAGAAGCUCCAGUUGUGCCACCAUGCCCCGGUUCCCUCACCCUGCAGCAUCGUGGCCCCUCCCUUCCCCCUCUCCUCCCUCUUGUCUUUAUUUAUUUCCCCCCUCCAUGCCAACGCAACGUUCGAGGCAUGUACAGUAACACUUUUUACCUGUGAGAUAAAUGCAGUAAAACGAAAAUAAAAGAGACUCUCUUCUAAUUAACACCUCACUUCCCCGGCCCGUCCGGCCGGUUUACCUUCUCUGUUUAAACUAAACCAACCUCCGCGCCAUCACCUAAGUGGCGCUGAACACGUCGGCAGCCCCAGGAAACCAUCGCUUUGUAACUACUGAACUGAACUGAAAACAGCAGGCAGGCGUCCUGUCUUCUGUGACAACUACUGAGCUGAUCAAAUCCUCAGUGUUGCUUCUCCGCUGCGACCAGUCGGCUGGGAAGCUCGGAAGAUAUAUGCUGAUUUUUAUCGCCCCGCAUUUCUGAAAUAUCACCAUUGGGAUGGGACUGGAGGUAUGCAGGAGGGGGCACGCUCAUUCCACUAACUAAGAACCCUACACAUGUAUAUGUAUGCACUAUCCCGCCACACACACACACACACACACACACACACACACACACACAAAGAAAAAAGUCCAGGUGUGAAAAAUUGCUCAUGCAAGUAAAUUCUUCUCUGCAGAAAGCUAGAAGUUCUUAUGAAUGACGCCUUUUCAUUCGCCCGAUAACUUGAUUUCUGCUCGUGUGAUGCAACAAAUGAUGUGAUGCAAAAAAAAAGAAGAAAAAAAUAAGAAAAGGGAAAAACAACCAGUGAAAGACAGAGCUCAGAUCACACGAGCGAGUAGCUGAUCCUUUAUCGCUGUUUCAUUUUACGAGUCAAGCUUUAGCAUGUUUAAUAUUAACACCGGUCUACGGAGAAGAGUCAUCCAUCUUUUGUCUAAAGCUUUUAAUUCUGUAAAAAAAAAAAAAAAAAAAAAAAAAAAAAGCGAGAGAGAGAAAAAGAAAAAGGGGGACAUGUGACGACAUGUGGAGGCCAGAGGACGCUCUGACUGGCUGUCACAUCCUUCCUUCCUUCUUUCUUUCCUUCCUUCCUUCUCUGCAUGUUUUCCCUCACUUUGGACAGUUUAGAAGAAGCCUGAUUUAUGGGCUUAACUUGUCAAUACGCUCUAAAAAACACCCCAGCCCCACUGUUUUAGUUUUUUGGGAUAACGGAGAAACAAUUAGGCCGAAAUAUUUUUCAGAUGUGUCUGAAUCUAAGAUCACUGUGAGCCCGUGUACUUUUCUUCAGUUCUGACUCGUCGAGGAGAAGACACUGUGGGAAACUUCACGGGGAUUCAUGUGCACGAGAUGUGUGUGCGUGUUUGUGUGUGUGUGUGGUGUGUGUGUGUGUGUGUGGCGGCUGCCAGUGACAAGGAUGGAAAAAUGGAUGGAUGGACGGACGGACGGCAAGCUGGCUCCUCGCAACGGUGGAACAGACUGUGAGAGGUUUCCACACAACAUGUCCCGACAGUCCCACCUGCUUCCUAUUAAUUAUAUAUUCAACAACACAAACACAAGUUACCCAGUAGUGUAUAGGCUGUCCUCUCCCUGUGACAUAGCUUAGCAUUUGCGUCAUCCUCUACACAGCCCUCCCUUAACCUGGGCCCACCUUUUCCGUGUUCAGUCCUCCCCACCGCUCCCCGCUAUAUCCAAAGUUUUGUACAAAUGUUUUAAAGUGAAUAAUUCCCUUUUUAUUUUAUAAUCGUAAAUGUUAUGUUUUUAUAAAUAUUAUUUAUUAUACAAUGUAUAUAUCUGUAUGACUGAACUAAGAUUAUAUAUUUGAAGAACAAA